GCAGCCGCCCGGUGCAGGCGAGGGUGAUGGGCCUACUGUGUGCAGCCCUCCGCUUGGCCAGGCUGCCUCGUUCAACCCGCUUGUCUGGUUCUGAGGACACCCAGGCAGGAGGAAGCAGACGUUAGCUCAAAAUGUUUGGACCUGAGUUUGGGGUAGUGCCCCUGAGUCGAUCCUAAUUGGACGCUCGGGAACAGUAGGUUAGGCGCCCUGGGCACUGGGUGCCUUGUCAGAAUGGGAAGAGUAAUAACCCAACAGUCAUUGCACCCCACAGACUCUGGACCGAGGAAAACAUACGCUCAUGUGUGCGGCCGGAGAGUGGUAACAGCCAACGCAAGGCACGUCGAACUACAGAUCCCACAAUACAACGGGGAGAGAACGUGUUUCUCCUAGACCUGAAACUCGACUCCUGAAGGGGACGACGUAACGAGGCACGCUGGGAUUUGUAGUCGGCUGGUCCACAUUGAGCCGGAACUUAACACCCACCCACCCCCAACCCUGUGCCACUUCUUAAAGCCCAAACAUCCGAUUCCACGUCAAUAGAAGGCACUCGGAUUGCACGUUUUAGAACUUUUUCACCUCCAGGCAUAUGCUAGCAAAACUUAACGGGCUUCAUAGCCUUUGACAGACAUUUAGACAACAUUUAUUGAGUUUCUGUAAGUGUCAGGACCUAACCACCAGGACUCUACAUUCACCCGACUUCACAGAAUUUAAAUUUUUAUUGUGCUACUUUAUUCUGGAGCUCAUAAAUGAACCACGUCUUCGGCAAAGAAAUGGAGGCAGAAGACUGACCUUUGAAAAUAUGUAUUUGGGAGAUAAUCACGUUCUAUUGAAUACCUUGUGCUGGUGCUGCCAUCGAAAAAUCUGGUUACAGUCUGGGGAGGCCUGCUGCUGCUGCAGGACUGAACCACCUCGGCCCUGAGAUGAGUGUCCCAACAGAGCAGGCGCACCAUGAAUAGAUACACAACAAUCAAGCAGCUUGGGGAUGGGACCUACGGUUCUGUCCUGCUGGGAAGAAGCAUUGAGUCUGGAGAACUGAUCGCCAUUAAAAAAAUGAAAAGGAAGUUUUACUCCUGGGAAGAAUGCAUGAACCUUCGGGAGGUUAAGUCUUUGAAGAAGCUCAAUCAUGCCAAUAUAGUAAAGUUGAAAGAAGUCAUCAGGGAAAACGAUCAUCUCUAUUUUAUCUUUGAGUACAUGAAGGAAAACCUUUACCAGCUCAUUAAAGAAAGAAAUAAGUUGUUUCCAGAGUCUGCUAUAAGGAACAUAAUGUAUCAGAUAUUGCAAGGACUGGCAUUCAUUCAUAAACACGGCUUCUUCCACCGCGACUUAAAGCCCGAGAACCUCCUCUGCAUGGGACCAGAACUUGUGAAAAUUGCAGACUUUGGAUUGGCCCGAGAAAUCCGAUCAAGACCUCCAUACACAGACUAUGUGUCUACUAGAUGGUAUAGGGCUCCAGAAGUACUCCUGAGAUCUACCAACUACAGCUCCCCCAUUGAUGUCUGGGCAGUUGGCUGCAUCAUGGCAGAGGUGUACACCCUCCGGCCUCUUUUCCCUGGGGCCAGUGAAAUUGACACGAUUUUCAAAAUUUGCCAAGUGUUGGGAACACCAAAGAAGACUGACUGGCCCGAAGGCUACCAGCUGUCAAGUGCCAUGAAUUUCCUCUGGCCCCAAUGUAUACCCAGUAACUUAAAGACGCUAAUUCCAAAUGCUAGCAGUGAAGCCAUUCAGCUCCUGAGAGACAUGCUCCAGUGGGAUCCCAAGAAACGACCGACCGCUAGUCAGGCCCUUCGAUAUCCUUACUUCCAGAUUGGACACCCACUGGGCAGCGUCACACAGGAUUCAGGAAAACCUCAGAAAGAUGUCCAAGACAAGACAGCCCCACCUCCUUACAUCAAGCCGGCCCCUCCUGCCCAGCCCCCAACCAAGGCACAUACACUGAUUUCUUCUCGACCAAACCAAGCCAGUCAGCCCCCUCAGCAUUUUGUGUACCCCUACAAGGGUGAAGCCUCCAGGACAGAUCAGCUCAGCCAUCUUCAGGAGGGCAAGCCAAGCCCAGCGCUCCUCCCGUCCCUCCACAAUAAGAAUCUGCAGCCAACACAGAAAAUCCUAGCUGGCCUGGAACACAAAAAUGGUGAAAUCAAGCCAAAGAGCCGGAGAAGAUGGGGUCUUAUCUCCAGGUCAACAAAGGGCUCCGACGAUUGGGCCGACUUGGAUGACUUAGAUUUCAGUUCCUCCCUCCCCAGGAUCGAUGUGAAAAACAAGAAGAGGCAGAGUGACGACCCCCUCUGCAGGUUCGAAAGUGUUUUGGACCUGAAGCCAUCCGAGCCAGUGGGUACAGGAACUAGCAUCUCGACCCAGGCUUCCUCCCAGAGGAGAGACACACCAACCCAGCGGUCUGCAGCCAAGCAGCUCUACUUGAAGCACUCUCGCUACCUGCCUGGAAUAAAUAUAAGAAAUGGCGUGCUCCCAAAUCCAGGCAAGGACUUUCCUCCAUCAAAUCCAUGGUCCAGUUCUGGUUUGUCUGGAAAAUCUUCAGGAACAGUAUCAGUAGUGAGCAAAAUAACUUCAGUUGGCUCAGGCUCUACGAGUUCCAGCGGACUGACUGGAGGUUACAUCCCUUCCUUCCUGAAGAAAGAAAUCGGUUCUGUUAUGCAGAGGGUACACCUGGCACCUCUCACCGACCCCUCCCCUGGCUAUUCUUCCCUGAAGGCCCUGAGACCUCACCCGGGGAGGCCUUUUUUUCACACCCAGCCUAGGAGCACUCCUGGCUUGAUUCCACGACCUCCAGCCGCCCAGCCUGUGCACGGCAGGAUAGACUGGUCUUCCAAGUACCCAUCCCGUCGGUGACGGUCUCAGCCAUGAGGCCAUCCUCCCUCACCUGACUCCGUUGCACCUGCAGAACCACAUGAUGGUGUAAAAGCACCCAAGCUUACAGCUGUUCUGAACUAACACAUUUCAAUAUUUCUUUUAAAAGCUUUUUUUUAAUAUUGAUUUGAAUGCAAUA